AAUCAAUUUUUUUAACUUUCGAGGCAAACUUUCAAAGAACACAAAACCCAUUAAAGUGAGAAAAAUUUCCAGUUACCUGAGGAACUUUUAAAUUCUAAACAUAAAUCCAUUGUUGCAAACCGUCUACAGCCCCCAGAAAAGAAGAUCGACCGGAACAUAACGGCUUCAAAGUGACAUUUUGUUGACUUUCAUAAUGUGCGGGAUAUUCUGUGUUUUAAAUAGCUUUUGUAAUAAUUGUGAUAACUUGGUCAGCCAGCUGAUAUUCGAGGCCAAUAUAAAGAACCGCGGUCCGGACAGUUUUAAUUUUAAAGUGCUGUCCCUACAACAGAGCAGUCUUGCGUUUGCCUCCAGUGUGUUGUGGCUGCAGGGCCAGACUUUGAGCCCCCAGCCGAUCGAAGAUCCCGAGUCGGUUUUUUGCUACAACGGGGACAUUUUCUCUGGCCUAAAUGACAGCAUUCAAAAAGAGAAAGGGGACACGCACUUGUUUCAUUCAUUUCUCAAAGAACACAUUUCCUCGGACUUAUUAAAUGGGUUGGGCAAGUUGCACGGUCCUUAUGCGUUCAUAUUUUUCGAUAAAACCAACAACAAGCUGUACUUUGCCAGAGAUCGAUUUGGAAGGCGCAGCUUACUGCUGGGGCGAAAUGAGGAAGGCGACACUCUCGUGCUGACAAGUGUGGCCAAACGGAAUACCCAAUUUCGAUUCAUCGAAAUACCCUCGAUAGGUGUGUUCUGUUUUGAUGUGCUGAAGAACAGCUUUGAAGUGGACUUUUGGCCCUACAAGAACAAAAACUUUUAUACCAAAUUGAAGGAGCUGGAAGCUUUCCUGAAAACCGACAUUUCAAUUGCGAGGCCGGCAUCUGAGGGCGAUUGUGUGCCGGACGAUUUGUCGGAAAAUGCCAACUUGGUUCUACUAAGAGGUCUAAAACAGCCAGAAAGCCUUGAAACCUACACGAUAUUUACUGAGCUUCUGAACUGCCCGACAUGGAAGAAAAACGUGUAUACUCUGAGGAACUUACUGGAAAAUGCUGUGCAACAGCGACUAGCAGCCCAGCCAGAAUAUUGCAAGAGCUGCAUUGCGGAGAAGAAACUCUGCAAGCAUGCAACAACAGGAAUUUUAUUCUCCGGCGGAGUAGAUUGCGCUGUUCUCGCGUCCCUUUGCGACCAAUAUGUGGACAAACAGCGGCCUAUCGAUCUGCUGAAUGUUUCCUUUGAGGAGGCAAAGAAUUACCAAUCACCAGACCGAGUCACUGGACUGGAAACGCUUGAAGAGCUAAAAGCUCUCUGCCCCCAUAGAGACUGGAACUUUGUUGAGAUUAAUGUGACUAAAGAGAGCUUAGAUCAGGAGCGAGAUAGACACAUUGCUGACCUGAUAUAUCCACUCAAUACCAUUCUGGACGAUAGUCUGGGGUGUGCGUUAUGGUUUGCCAGCAAGGGCCAGAGUUCUCAUUAUGUCUCAUCUGCCAGAAUUUUGAUUGUUGGAAUGGGUGCCGAUGAAUUAUUUGGCGGAUACAGAAGGCACAGGACAGCCUUUAAGCGAUAUUCCUGGAAGGGGCUGCAAGAAUCAUUGGAUGACGACUGGAUGAAUCUUCCAUAUCGUAAUCUAGGACGAGAUGAUCGGGCUGUAUCAGAUCACGGUCGACAGCUGCGAACGCCUUAUUUAGAUGAAAAUGUGGUGGAUUUUGUUCGGGAGCUACCGAGCUGGGAAAAAACAUAUCCAACCAAUGAUCUUCCUGAGGGCUUUGGAGAAAAGAUUUUGCUUCGCUCCCUGGCCUAUGAAUUAGGGCUGCGAAACGCUGCAACGCUCAAGAAACGAGCUCUCCAGUUUGGAUCGCGAAUAGCCAAUCCAAAGGAAAACGGAAAGGACAUAUCACCUAGGCUGGAUACUUAAGUAAGCCCUAAUUAGGGCGGUUUGUUUUUCCAAACACUUUCAGCUUUUUACUGUUUAUAUAUGCGCAAUUUACUUAAUCAGAGGUGCAUGCAAUUCGUAAUAAUUAUUUAUUCUGCAAUAUACUAAAUGCUCGUAUAACUUGGUAUCAGAUUGUUGUUGGUUUUUUCUGUAAUUCGAAUAAUAAAACGUUGCUAAUGA